AUGACCAGCAUAGAUGAGCUUUUCAAGAAACCUACUUCAGCAGCCAGCGCGAAGCGCAAACUGGACGCUACCACGGAUCCAAAUGAACUCUACAAGGCCGCCAAAUUAGAUGCGAACGGCGAUGUGAAAUCCAAGGGGAAGGAGCCAAUGGUUGAAGAUGAGAACGAAAAUGAUGGUGAAGCUGGUCCAGAACUACCUCCAGACUUCGAUGCCGAGGAUAUCCCAGACGAUGAGGAAGGGCGCUUUUUCGGAGGCGGCAUGGAGCGCCAGACGGCUCAGGCGAUGCAAUAUAUUGACCAGCAGGAUGAAGGGGAUGUCGCGCCCGAGAAAUUCGAUGCCGCAUGGCUGCGACGAUUUGCUCUCAAUUUCGAAAAAAAGAUAUCGAAAAAUGCCGAGUUGCGCGGAAAAUAUGAGAAUGACCCACAAAAGUUCAUGGCCUCGGAAGCCGAUCUAGACAGCGAAAUAAAGGGACUAUCCAUUCUCUCAGAGCACCCCGAAUUAUACGCGGAGUUUUCAGAGUUGGGCUGUGUAGGCUCUCUGAUCUCUUUACUCUCGCACGAAAACGCUGAUAUUGCCAUUGAUGCGAUCCAAAUCAUCAGUGAGCUAACCGACGAAGAUGUUGAAGCCGAGCAAGAACAAUGGGAUACAUUGGUAAAUGCAAUGUUGGAUGCCGAUCUUAUCGAACUAUUAGCCCAGAACUUGUCACGGUUGGAUGAAGGGUCUGAUGUCGACAGAGCAGGGGUUUACUAUGUGCUGAGUGUUUUAGAGAACCUUGCGUCACAAACGUUGCAUGCAGAGAAGCUAGGCGAUGAUUCAAAUUUGCUUCCAUGGCUCCUGGCUCGCAUACAGAAGAAGGAAAGACCGGUAAGUCAAAACCAGCAAUACUCAGCUGAAAUAUUAGCCAUCAUAUUGCAGUCGUCUUCCAAGACGCGAAACAAAUUUAUUGGCCUCGAGGGCGUCGAUGUCCUUCUUCAACUGCUCAGCCAGUACCGUAAGCGCGAUCCUGCAAAGGAUUCAGACGAGGAAGAAUUCGUGGAGAACCUGUUCGACUGCUUGAUCUGUCUCGUCGAUGAAGAUUCCGGAAAGGAAAAGUUUCUUGAAGGCGAAGGGAUUGAACUUGCGCAAAUCAUGUUGAAGGAAGGAAAGUUCAGCAAACCGCGCGCUUUGCGAGUCUUGGACCAUGCCCUAGGUGGACUGGGUGGCAGGCCCGCGUGCGAAAGGUUUGUCGAAGCAGCAUGCUUAAGAACAGCGUUUGGGAUGUUCAUGAAGAAGCAAGAAAAUCAAACGAUAGAACAUUUACUGGGUAUCUUUGCUUCGCUUCUGCGCCUCCUACCGGGAGGUUCAGCAGCCCGUAUCCGUACUCUUGCUAAAUUCAUGGAAAAAGAUUAUGAGAAGAUUGAGAAGUUAGUCAAGCUGAGGCGCGAUUAUGCGUCGAGGGUAACGCCAGUUGAACAAGCUAUCGAGAAAGAACGGAAGAAUUUCACUGAAGAGGAACGGGAGGUGAUGGCAGUGGAAUGGCUCUCUCGGCGAUUUGAUGCUGGUCUAUUCUCCCUCCAGCUCAUCGAUGUAAUACUGGCGUGGCUCGUGGCAGAAGAUGACGGCGCUAAAAAGAAGAUCAUGUCCCUUUUGGCGGACCGCGACGAAGGCCUUUCUCUUAUCCAGGGCACAUUGAAAGAACAAGUUGAAGGGCUUUCGGAUGAUGAUCCCGGACAGAGAGAUCAUAAGGAAAUGCUUGAGACUCUUUUACAGUUCUUAUAA